CUCCUCUCGGUUUACGCAUGCGCAACGCGCCAUUGAAGGGAAUAGUGAUGCGCGGCUACAGCUUGCAGACGAGGACUUUUCCCCGACACUGUGGCUCUGGAAACCGAAGCCGGUGAAAUUUAUGAGGGUAUCCCAGGAGGGAGGCUUCAGGAUCUGCACAGCCCCGCCGCUGGCCCCGUCGGCACGAUCUUUGCCUCAACCACGGCUAAAUCCCUCCACUAUCAACCCACGUUGAGGAUUUUUCUCCGCUCCGGGGCUUCCUGAUUAUGUGAAACUCUGUGAAUGACAUAAUAUAAUAAUCUAAAGAAAGUCACACAGUCAAGACACAGAAAGUCACGAUGUCCAUCACCAACACACCGACGAGCAACGACGCCUGUCUGAGCAUCGUGCACAGCCUGAUGUGUCACAGGCAGGGCGGCGAGAGCGAGACGUUCGCAAAGCGGGCCAUCGAGAGCCUGGUGAAGAAACUCAAGGAGAAAAAAGACGAGCUCGACUCCCUCAUCACGGCCAUUACCACCAAUGGAGCCCAUCCCAGCAAGUGUGUGACCAUUCAGAGGACGCUGGAUGGACGGCUGCAGGUGGCUGGACGUAAAGGGUUCCCUCAUGUCAUCUAUGCCCGGCUGUGGCGUUGGCCUGACCUGCACAAGAAUGAACUGAAGCAUGUUAAAUACUGCCAGUUUGCCUUCGACCUCAAGUGCGACAACGUGUGCGUCAACCCCUAUCACUACGAGAGAGUGGUGUCUCCUGGCAUAGACUUAUCAGGACUGACUCUGACCAGUGGACCUAGCUCAGCACUCAGCAUGGUUAAGGAUGAGUACGAUUUUGACGGACCACAGAGUCUGCCCUCCAUAGAGGGAGGCCACUCCAUCCAGACCAUCCAGCACCCCCCAUCCGGCAGCCGCCCGGCACCCUCUGAAUCCUAUGCGACGCCAAACCUGCUCCCACCCGCUGAGGCCUCCACCUCUGGCACAUCGUCGUCCUUCCCUGCCAUCGCUGCUGGAUCAGGCAGCGCAAGCACAACCUGGUCCAGGAACAGCAACUUCACCCCCAACAUACCCCACCACACCAACGGUCAUCUACAGCACCACCCUCCCAUGCCACAUCCAACGCACUAUUGGCCUGUGCAUAACGAGCUCGCCUUUCAGCCUCCUAUAUCCAAUCAUCCAGCUCCCGACUACUGGUGCUCCAUUGCGUAUUUUGAGAUGGACGUUCAGGUCGGCGAGACGUUCAAGGUCCCCUCCUCUUGCCCCAUUGUGACAGUGGACGGAUAUGUGGACCCGUCAGGAGGAGACCGGUUCUGUUUAGGCCAGCUCAGCAACGUACAUCGCACUGAGGCUAUUGAGAGAGCGAGGCUUCAUAUUGGCAAAGGAGUUCAGCUGGAGUGCAAGGGCGAAGGAGACGUGUGGGUGCGAUGCCUCAGCGACCACGCCGUGUUUGUUCAGAGCUACUACCUAGACAGAGAGGCAGGCCGAGCCCCGGGAGACGCCGUUCACAAAAUCUACCCCAGCGCUUACAUCAAGGUGUUUGACCUUCGUCAGUGCCACAGACAGAUGCAACAGCAGGCUGCCACGGCUCAAGCAGCAGCUGCAGCCCAGGCAGCUGCUGUGGCUGGAAAUAUACCUGGACCUGGAUCAGUAGGAGGGAUAGCUCCAGCUAUUAGUCUCUCAGCAGCAGCCGGUAUCGGGGUAGACGACCUCCGGCGUCUGUGUAUUCUUAGGAUGAGUUUCGUCAAGGGCUGGGGGCCAGACUACCCGCGUCAGAGCAUCAAGGAGACCCCCUGCUGGAUCGAGAUCCACCUGCACAGAGCUCUACAGUUACUGGAUGAGGUUCUGCACACUAUGCCUAUAGCAGACCCGCAACCUCUGGACUGAGAUCUUUUUUUAUAGACGCAGUAUCAGCUGCGACAUACAGUGGCAAUGGAAAGUCUUCCUCAGUGAACUUUUGCAUGGAGGGUGGAGCAGCUGCGACGCUGUCCCACAUGAAAAAAUACUUUGAGGUGUGUUUGAAGCACCUUUGUGCACUGUGGCCCCUAAUUUUACUUUUUAAACAAGAGUGACACUAAAAUAAGCCAAAGCCAUAUAUUAAAGAUAUAUUUCUUUAUAUUUUUGAUAGAUGGCUUUGAUUUGUGAUGACUGGAAUGAUCUGUAGGACUAGAGAAAGACGCCACAUGCAGCUACAGUUCUGAAGCACUGCAAACAUGCACAUCGAUGACCUGCAGAUCCCAUGAAACUGGAAUGUACACCGACUACUCGUCGUCCCUAGAGUCCACAACCACCGACUACUGACUGACAUUUAGAUUCACUGAACAAUACAAGGACAUCUGAGUACUGCUGUUUUUCUGUUGUGUCAGUCUCCAUCCAAGCUUUCAACAGACUGCUUUACACCUGGGGAUGACAAGCGAGUUCAGUCAACCGUCAGGCUGAGCAGAGAAGCAGCAGCGCUCUGCUCGACAUCAUGCUGAUCGUCGCUGCCUCUCAGCCGCGAGCGGGGUUGGGGACUACCCAGCUGGAUCCGGGCAUACGAGACAUUCACAGCCAGCCAGAAAUGACAUGCCUGAAGUUAAUUUCCAACCUCUGAACUGAAACAAGGUCAGGUCUGUGGAGUCUUCUAGGUCAGGUGUUGUCAAACUACGGGUUUGGACCUCAUAAACUGACUGUAGGCUUGGUGGGUUACCGAUGACAUCUGUUUUUUUUUUCCCCUCUGUCACAAUUAAACAAGAUUUUGGACUAAACGCAGAGCCUCAAGUUGAGGUUGAAUGUCUUUCUCCACACGUCACAGCUACACUAAUGCAGGUUUUUUUCUUUAGGAGCGUUAGGACAUCAAGAAAAAAUUACUGCUUGGUGACAUGAUAUCUGUUUUCACUAACUUACUGUGACCAUCAGUUCUUCACUCGAGACGAUGACAGGACGCUCAUUUAAGUGAUCAUCAUGGGUCACCAGGUAUGGUUACUGUUUUUUUUGUUUUUUUGGAGAAGGCCCUCUUUUAUGCUGCCACAGAAGAUGAAUCUCAUACGCCUUGUGCAAACUGUUUGGCUUUUCUCACUUUCACACUGAAAAGCAAAAGAAAUGAAAAGGGAAAAAAGAGCUGGGAUGCUUUUUGGUUCAAUAAGAUUGAGGUAAGAGAGCAGAGAAGAGGCCGACGGUUGAUGUUUGAUGUCUGAGAUUCAGUCACAGUACAAUGAACAGGGUUUAUCGAUGCUUUGGCCAAACCAUAGUGCUCAGAAACAUACUGUGAGUCUAGCAUGAUCAUGGGAGCGAGGAGUCCAGUCAGCUGCUGGACUUUGCCCCAGUUGUGUUAAUUAGGAGGUUUUUUUUAAUUGUAUUCACUUCCAUUUUAUACCAAGUGUACCCAACAGUCUAGUUGAGAAUCAUUGUACUUAAAUAUCUUAUGACUUGCAGCCCGCUUAUAUACUACUUGAUCCAGGUCUCUUGUUUACGGACAAAGAUAAGAGAAUUUAAAACGGUUUCCCAGCAAUAUUGAUAUAUUUUCUUGGUUUUUAUUUUGUUACUUUUAUUAAUUGAUUUGUAUCAUAUUUUUUAGCACUUUACUUUUUUUUUCUCGUUAACCCUUAUUUUGAGGUGGUUGUCCUGCGAUAAUGAAUAAGGGAGUGAAUUAGGUUGGUUUGUUUUUUCUUUAGGAUUGUGAGCAGUGGCAAAAUUGUGAUGCAUUUGUGUUGAAAACAUAUGUAACACUAAGACACCUUUUUUUUUUUCUUUUUUUUUUUAUGAAUCUGCCCUUUCGCUCUAGAAAUGUACACACAUCUGUAGGUUUUCUUUUGACUGCUCUGAGUUGCGGUCUUUUUCUCUUUUGAUUGCAGUUUUUCUUUACUCUCUCUCUCUCUUUCGCUCUUUUUAAUCCAUGUAAAUAACUUUGUUUUUGAAACGCAUGUCAAUGUCUGCAUGAAUUUUAAUGGCAAAUGGACCCCCUUUUUAUGCCUACCCACUUUUUAAAAGUCGAGUACUUCACUUGUCCUGUAUCACGCAGGUAAAACGUGAGGAGAGUAAGAAACCAGCACAUGCUGUAUACUUGUGUAUGAGAACAGCGUCAAAGGCACACAAACAACCCAGUUUAAUUCUAAACUCAUCACAGAAGGUUACUCCCAUCACUUUCUUUUGUAUAGAUAUAGUAGUAACUUAUGAGUUAUUAGUGUGCGGCCUCUCCCUCACAGAUGUUAGUUAGUUUGACGCAAACAGAAAUAAUUUGAUUUGAAUGAAUCCUCUCCACUCCUCUGCCCUGUGCUGCAUGUGAUUCAUUCAGUUACUGUUUUUUUUUAAAAAAAGCAUUUGUUAUAGAUUACACGUAAUCAAAUAGGAAUCCAAAUUUCAUUAACCCACAAACAUCUGUUCGUGGUUAUUUCUCACAAACUGCCGUACAGUAUGUGUUUGUCUUCUGGCCAUCAGUUGCAAUAUAACACUAUUUUAAAAAAAUAUAUAUUUUGUGUUUAAGUUCAUCAAUAGAUGUUUGUUUUUUUAAUAAUGCUCUCUUGGUGGGUUACAGUAGGACUGGAAAAAGACAAAUUGGAUUUGAUAGGUUGAAAUUUGGGGUCUUUUUGUCACAGGAAAUGAUCCAUUUUGCUUUGCCCCAUCCUCUCUGUGCUAUCUUUUGAUUAUUUCACUUUAAUUUGAUUUAGUAUUGUCAAAAAAAAAGAAGUUUAUCCUACAUCAGGGAUUUAUUCACAUAAUUAUGCAUCCGAUUGACUGAAUGGCAGGAAACAGAAUAUUUUAUGAUUAUAUGUUACUGAAAGGACUCAAUGUCUGCAGAAAUAAUCUGUUUAUAUUCUGUUGUGCUUCAAGGUGGACAGAUGUUUUUAUAUAACUUGCAGUUAUUAUAGGAGCCUGAAGACACAGCUCACACGAGUUGAUGUUGACUACUAUGACAGAUUGCAGAUAUAAAUUUUACUUGUAUUUCUUAUGUGAGAGUCUGUAAUUAAACAUGGAGUGGUAUUCUCUAA